AUGACAGCUGUUGAGCCAAGCACCCGGAAAAGGGUGCUGAAGGUCAUUUUCAUAUCAUUGCUUCUAGAUCUGAUAUCAUUUACCUUUAUUCUCCCUCUCUUUCCAAAGCUCCUCGAGUUCUACAGAAAUAGCGAAGUAGGCGACGACUCGCAGACGACACUCCUCGCGCAGAUUCUCGGCGGUCUCAACGCAUACAAAUCUGCUUUCGCGAAACCAAUCGAUUCGAGAUAUGAUAUCGUCCUAUUAGGAGGAGCCUUAGGGAGCUUAUUCUCUCUGCUCCAGGCUAUAGCGUCCCCCGUCAUUGGACGCUUGUCCGACAAGUAUGGCAGAAGGGCCGCGCUUCUUGCCAGCAUGGGUGGAAAUAUUGUGUCGGUUCUCCUCUGGGUGGUAGCAGUGGAUUUCAGAACCUUCCUUGCCUCGCGUGUCGUAGGUGGCUUAUCGGAAGGCAACGUACAACUGGCCACAGCCAUUGCAACCGAUAUCUCAGACGAGAGUAGCCGUGGCUCGACUAUGGCCCUCAUAGGUGCUUGCUUUUCGAUCGCUUUCACCUUUGGUCCGGCCCUCGGCGCAUACCUGAGCUCUAUUGCAACCGUGGCCGCAAACCCUUUCGCAACAGCCGCAGGCGUAUCUUUGUCCCUCAUUGUGAUCGAGACGAUUUACCUAUAUUUCGCGUUGCCCGAGACUCUGCCAAGUCAGACAGGAAAAAAGACAUCUAAAACAGCCACGAAGCCAACCGCAGUAAUACGUACCAACUCUCACUUUUUGCUGAACUUGGUACACUUCUCCUUUCUGCUGUUCUUCUCGGGAAUGGAAUUUUCCCUACCAUUCAUGACGUACGACCUCUUCCAGUACAACUCGGCCCAGAACGGCCGACUGCUGGGUUUUGUGGGCCUAAUUGCUUCGAUCCUACAGGGCGGAGUCACCCGCCGACUUCCGCCGCUUCUUACCGUGCGGAUCGGUGUCACCGCGUGCUUACUGGCGUUCAUCAUGCUCGGGCGCAUUAGCACAGUCGGAUCACUGUAUCUAGCUGCCACUUGCUUGGCGACCACCUCAGCCACAGUCGUCAGCGGCCUCAACACGCUAAGCAGCUUCGAGGCUAGCGAGGGCGAGCGAGGAGGCAAACUAGGCAUACUUCGAAGUUACGGCCAACUCGGGCGAGGAUUGGGUCCCAUUCUGUUCACUAGCGUAUACUGGUGGGCAGGUAGAGAGGUUGCAUAUGCUGGGGGUGCUCUAGGUAUCCUAGGCGUUACGUUGCUGGUGUUCGCCGGGUUAAAGUCACCGCCCGGUUCGCUGAAGAAAGUUAAGUCGGAGAAGAAAGAACUGUAA